GGUGAUGUCCCAUGGUAUUAUUACUAUGACCACCACCAGUGGGUCGUUGUAGUUAAAGAAAGGCUUUUUCUGUUAUUUUUCUUGUGUGUGCGCUGUUUGGACACUUGCAUUGCAUGAGCUAAAGCUCGAAAAGAAAACGAUUCCUCUGCUAUGCUUUGCUCUGUAAGAGUGUGGGUCUAAGUCUGAUGUCUCUGCCUCUUUAUCCGCGCAUCCGUGUCGAUCAUACAAUUCAUCAUCUCAUCACUCCGAAUCUAUGAACGCCAAAGGUUCCCUGAAUUUUUUUCUAUUGUUUUAAUAAGAAAAGAAAAAAAAAAAAAACAACUUUUGGGUCUUCCUUCGGAUUUGAGGAUUUUGAACUACAAUUACGGAGCUUAUAGGAGAUAUUGUUACAGAGAUUAUCGUAUAAUUAGUUACAGAUUUUUGUAUUUAUUUUUUGUGUGUUUUCUAGUUUUAUCAUCUUCCUUUCUUUCUUUAUCCCUCUCUCUUAUCCUGUUCCACAAACAAGACAGCGACUGAGUCUGAAUUCUGAAACUGUUUUUGUAGCCUCCUCCACGAUCUCCAACUGUGUUUUCUGAAACAUGUUGUGGUUUUCAGAAUAAUUCAAUUAAAACCUUUUUCACUGUCCCCCCAACUCACCCUUCACUUAUCUUCUCUGCUUCAACCAUCCAUGGCGUGUUUCAACUUUGAACCUUGGGGGAGUCUUUGAGAUUCUUCAAUUUUGCAAACAAACCUCUUUUUCUUCCACCGAAGCUAAGAGAGAAGCUUUUCAAGUCAGAAUUGGUCUGUUACCAAAAUUCUGUUGCAAUCACUUACUUGUGGAUAAGUGGCACGGAUUCUUAUGUUUUGAUCAUAUAUAUGCUAUUUCAGGAAUUUGCAGUGAGAACAGGUUACUGUAUGAUGGAGUCAAAGGAGAAAUUGAAAGAGGUGGAGAAGUGUUUGGAUUCUCGGCUAUGGCAUGCGUGUGCGGGAGGGAUGGUUCAAAUGCCAGUGGUGAAUGCUAAGGUGUUCUACUUUCCUCAGGGUCAUGCUGAACAUGCAUGUGGACCCGUGGACUUCAGGGUUUAUCCCAAAAUUCCACCUUUCAUUCAAUGCAAAGUUGGAGCUAUCAAAUACAUGGCUGAUCCUGAAACUGAUGAGGUUUAUGUAAAGCUUAGGCUUGUUCCUUUGACCAGAAACGAGGGUGAUUUUGAGGAUGAUGCUGUUGGAGGCAUCAAUGGAUCUGAAAAUAAAGAUAAAUCCCCUUCUUUUGCCAAAACCUUGACACAGUCUGAUGCCAACAAUGGUGGGGGCUUUUCUGUUCCCAGAUAUUGUGCUGAGACAAUUUUUCCUCGGUUGGACUAUUCCGCGGACCCUCCCGUUCAGAACAUCCUUGCCAAGGAUGUUCAUGGUGAGACAUGGAAAUUUAGGCACAUUUAUAGGGGCACGCCGCGCCGGCACUUGUUAACUACCGGGUGGAGUAGCUUUGUGAAUCACAAGAAGCUUGUGGCGGGGGAUUCAAUUGUGUUUUUGAGGGCAGAAAAGGAUGAUCUGCGUGUUGGAAUUCGGCGGGCUAAGAGGGGGAUUGGAAUUGGUGGAGGACCUGAGGCUCCUGCAGGGUGGAAUUCAGGUGGGGGGAUUCGUCCUAUGCCUUAUGGAGGGUUUUCAGCUUUUUUGAGAGAGGAAGAUAGCCAGCUCUUGAGAAAUGGGUUGAGUCCAAAUGCAAAGGGGAAAGUGAGGCCUGAAGCAGUUAUUGAGGCUGCAACUCUUGCUGCCAAUAUGCAGCCAUUUGAGGUUGUUUACUAUCCCCGGGCAAGUGCCCCAGAGUUUUGUGUGAAGGCCAAUUUAGUUAGAGCCGCAUUGCAGGUUAGGUGGUGUCCUGGAAUGAGGUUCAAGAUGCCCUUUGAAACAGAGGACUCCUCGCGGAUAAGCUGGUUUAUGGGAACCAUCUCUUCUGUUAACUUUGCUGAUCCAAGAUGGCCCAACUCUCCUUGGAGACUUCUCCAGGUUACAUGGGAUGAACCAGAGUUACUUCAAAAUGUAAAAAGGGUGAGCCCGUGGCUGGUUGAAAUUGUAUCAAACAUGCCUACCAUUCAUCUUUCCCAUUACUCAACACAACAAAAGAAGCCAAGAUUCCCUCAACACCCGGAUUUUUCUUUUGAUGGUCAGAUUUCAUUGCCAGCAUUUCCCAGCAACUUUCUAGGUCCAAGCAAUCCGUUUGGUUGUCUAGCUGAAAGUACUCCUGCUGGCAUACAGGGAGCCAGGCAUGCUAAUUAUGGUAUAUCCCUAUCAAAUCUCCACUUCAAUAAACUGCAGUCAGGCCUAUUUCAAGCUGGUUUCCCUCCACUUGAUCACACUGCUUCCCCAGUAUUGAGAGUCUCCUCCAACAAUGCAGCAACAAUGCAAAAGGUCGGCACGGGUGACAACGUCUCUUGCUUACUGUCCAUGUCAACUGCUACUCAACCUUCAAAGAAAGUGGAUGAUGUGAAGGCACCCCAAUUGGUGCUUUUUGGCCAAACAAUUCUCACCGAACAGCAAAUUUCUUUGAACACCUCUGCUAAGACAGAUCCUACUCGAAAUAAUUCAUUUGAUGGAAAUGCUGAUAAAAUGUGCAAGUUUUCAGAUGGUUUUGGUUAUGCUCUUCACCCACAAGGCUCUUCUCUUGAGAGGUUACAGUGGUACAAGGAUCAACAAAAAGAAACCAUGGCUAGUUUGGAGACAGGUCACUGUAAAGUUUUUAUGGAAUCUGAAGACAUUGGUCGGACUAUGGAUCUCACAAUGCUUGGAUCUUAUGAUGAAUUGUAUAGAAAGCUGGCAGACAUGUUUGGCAUAGAAAAAUCUGUGGUGCUAAGUCACAUGCUUUACCGUGAUACAACUGGGGCAGUCAAGCACAUUGGAGAUGAAGCAUUCAGCGAAUUUACCAAAACUGCAAGGAGGUUGACCAUUCUAAUGGAUUCCAACAGCGAUGGUAGAGGAAUCUAGAGGAAGAAAUAAACAAUUAUCAUUUCAAUUGUACAGCUGGUUGAUCAAUUUCUCUGGAGAGUCUCAUCUAAUUUAUGGAUAUUAAUGUUUUUCUCGAAGGGCCUAUUUGGAUUUGUUUUUUUUCUUUUAGUGAUGAUAGCUCGUGGUUUUCCUUCUCUUUUUGGAUCAUAACAUGGUUUACUUGAGGCUUUUGUUUAAUAAUUCUGAUGUGAAAAAAGGUGGGGGAGAGAAGAGAAAGGGUAGUGAUCAUAUAUCCCUAUGAAUACGAUUGGUUCAUAGGAGUUUCCUGUAUACAAUGGUUUUUAAGUGUAAAAAAAGCUACCUAGGCUUAAUGGUUAUUGAGACAGUAGUUACCUAUUUUUUUGUUCUGUGUUUUUACCACUGUAGUUACCUAUUUCAUUUUCUUGUGA